AUGGGUAAAGAGGUGAACCCCACAAACCCAAGCAAGCUGGUCGAGCGAGGGAGGCGCAAUAAUUAUCGGCCGGCAGCACCUGUCAGCAUACAAAUAAGCGCCGUCUUCUGUGUGGUCUCCAACUAUUCGGGCGGCAAACCUGACCUCCAUUUUCACUAUCCCCUGGACAUCAUCAUUAGCAGGAUGCUUUUGAAACUCCCAAUCGAGAUAAUCCAUAUUACGCUUGAGUAUCUGGAACGAGCUGAUCUCAACAGCUUAUGUCGAGUUUCAAAAUACUUUUACUCCGUCACGGUUCCAUUCCUAUAUAAAUCCGUCACUCUGAAGACCGAUGAAGAGGAUGAGGACUUCGAUGAUUGGCGGAACGUUGAUGCAAUAUUGCAAGCACCCACACAUCCAAUCGAUCCCCUUAUCCAUCUACGAACAAUUGAGAUAAGAUCACGGGCUCGCGUUGCGAUCGGUUGUUUUCACAGAGAUCCCUAUCUGGUCAGCGAAUCCGACAGUGAAUCCGACAGUGAAUCCGACAGUGAAUCCGACAGUGAAUCCGACAGUAAAUCCGACAGUGAAUCCGAGGACGUACCAAAAAGUAUACCGAGGGCCGACCGCAGGAAGUACGGACACCUGAGCUACCCCAUCAACACUCUGUUGCAGAUUAUUGCCAGAUGUAUGACGGAUAAACUUGAGAGCUUUAUUUGGGACCUGGGCAUGUGCGUUCCAGAGGAGCUCCUCGGUUCUUCCGGCCUUCUACUACAAAAGCAGAAAAAGCUCAAGUCUAUUAGUCUCCGGACUGGUGGCUCUUGCCGCGAUGAGUGCGAGGAGAUUUCCUUGUCAAGAUUCCGAUAUCUGGAGAAUAUAUCAUGGCCCAAGAUAGAUAAUUGGGGUCACAUCACUGAAUUAUGCUCGGCCCUAGAGCAUAACUCAUCUCAUCUUAUCCGCUUGGAUGUCGGUGUGUCGAACUGGUAUCUUAAGCCGCUGAAUUACAUGAAAUGGUUUUUCGCGAAUGAGAUUGCAAAGAUCAGUGACAGAAAACCAGGGAUCGUAUUUCCUACGCUCCAAUAUCUUUGUUUGACUAACAUGGAUUUCCUAUCGACGCACGAAAAGCUUUCUUCUACUUUUAGUUUCGGCUCACUUCGAUCCUUGAGUCUUUGCCUUUGCAAAGGUUGGGAGGAGCUCUUACACAGCAUUCGCGAUUCUGGUUCGACCAUUUCUUUGAAAUCCUUGUUGAUUGAAUCCGACCCCUAUAUGGACAACACGGAAAGCGCUCUCGCGCUUUCUAGCUUCCUCGGCGCGUUCGAAGGACUUGAAGAGUUGUAUGUCUCGGUAGUGAGCUUCUCAAAUCCAUUGUCGAUCUGGGAUUCUGCACUGUGCCAUAAAAGAUCCUUGCGGAGGCUUGUCUAUCAGCAAUUAUCUCAUGAUAGUGAACCCCUUGGCGAUCCCGUGAUGGCAUUUACGCCAUCAGAGGUGGAGAAACUGUCGGCUGAUGUUUCUCAAAACCCGUUGGCUGGGCUAAAUCUUGAAUUUCUCGGUAUUUGCUGCAAUGAUUUUGACAUACUGAAAGCCCUUUUGUCCUCGCCCAACAUUAGGGAGAGUAUUCGAGUGCUACACCUCCGAGUUCCAGGAUGGCGAUUUGAUGACUGGGAUGAUAGUUUGGUCCCUCAUCACUGGAGUCAUGUUCCAUCCUCUCUUUGUUCUUUUAUGUCAUGGGCAUUUGGACCCGAAGGACCGCCUUUCCUUCACGUGAUAGGGCACUUCUACGAGAGUCCGUCUGGAAGCCUUCGCGAAGAUACAUUUUUCUGCAGGGAUACAGAGACCAAGGAAUGCUACGGUUAUUCUGGUUUCCAAUAUAUCCAGUCAACGUCGGGCUAUCUUCGUUCGUACUGCGAUGCAUUUGGAGCCUUUCGAAGCACGAUUGACUGA